AUGGAUCGAGUUCAUCGAGUUGACCGCUGCAGCGCAGCUUGCGGACACCUGAGGAAGUUGGAGAUCGCCCUGGAUCCGCCCGUGGGGCUCCACUGGAGCAAUCCCGAGGCGGGCGCCUUAGCGCGAGCGCGAGGGAGAAGCUCGGAAAGGGAAGACCGCGACUCUGCGCGGACAGCGACGCUGACAGAGCGGAUUCAAUUCGUGUGUAAGAAGCCGCUGCCCUGCAAAGAUCUCUAUUUCGGCGUGGAGCUGGAGGAGCACAGCCGCGCACAACGCGAGCGCAACGACUACGUCCACCUGCCCGCCGCGGCGAAGCGAGUGGUGCAGCUCUCGGUGGCCGCCAUUCGGCAGGCCGUGGGUGGUGUGUACAACACUCAGGGGGACGAUCCGGCUAAGGCCAUCCCAGGAGAGGAAUCCGAGAAGCCGACCAUCGUCUUGCCGCUCUGGGCCUUCGACCAGUUUAUUAUCACGCAGCCUGGAGAAGAGGUGCCGGACAUGACCUCGCCGGAUUUCCCGGAGUACGGAAGCCGCAGGAAGGGUCGCAUCGCCGAGUACAUCCGCGAGAUGGACGACUUGGCGGCCAACCUCGGCCCAGGCCCCACCUACACCUUGGGCUUCUGGGGCAAUAGCCGAUUUUUGGAUGUGCCACUUGGACAGGUCAUGGGCACAGCGUUUCGACCGGUUGGACAGCUGGAGGGCACCCCAAUCAAAGCAAAAGCUUGCAUGGCUACCCGAGGUGCCUGGAGUCAUGAUCAUUAUCAAGAUGACCUUAGAGAUGAGACAGUGGAUGGGCAUGAUGGGAGCGUCUCUCAACAAAGGUUCACCUUAGGAGGUGAUGUGGACUGGUGGAUCUCCCUCAAUCCCCUUGAAAUUGCGUUGCUGUGCAGCAUGACUCUACAUGCAGGGACUGUUGCUUCGGCAUGCUUCGGCCCUAAGGAUGAGCUGGCUCCUCGCUUGCAAGAAGCGAAGUCCAACCGGGCGGAUCCUGAGAGACGGACUUGCAGUGGCCCGAUCCGUGGCAGGUGUUCUGCACCAAGCAACCGGUCUGCGACAGAUGUCCCAACACCCGCUUUUGCUCAUUGGCUGCGGGUCAUGUGUCCAGGACAAGAGGUCCUUUUUAAAGAACCUGCAGGAAAGGAGGCCACAGCGGAAGUUGCGCGGUAUUCCGCUGGUGACGCCUUUCGACUUCGAGCCCCUCAUCGGUCAGCCGCCCGUGUACGCCGUCCUCUACUGCCUCACGUGCCUCGGCCGACAGAUCUGGGAAGCUUGGCUCUUCAUCCGGCCUUUUUGAUCAAUGCUUGA